AUCCUUUACCAUCUGUUAUCCAUCCAUCAUGCACAGCAAGGAACAAAUCAGUCAUGAUGAAUACCAGAAGACAGCUGAUUGGCUGAAGUCUCAGACGAAGCACCGCCCCCAGGUAGCGAUCAUCUGCGGGUCGGGACUGGGGAUGCUCGCUGACACGCUCAAAUGUCAGGACUCCUUUGCCUACUCUGACAUACCGGGCUUCCCUCAGAGCACAGUGGAGGGUCACGCAGGUCGGCUGGUUUUCGGGGAGCUGAAGGGGAAGACAUGUGUGUGCAUGCAGGGCCGCUUCCACAUGUAUGAAGGCCAUUCACUCUGCAAGACGACAUUUCCAGUCCGAGUCUUCAAAAUGUUGGGGGUAGAGACUCUGAUCGUGACAAAUGCUGCCGGUUCAUUGGCUGACGGCCUCCGACCUGGUGACAUCAUGAUUAUUAAAGACCACGUCAACUUCCCUGGGCUGGUUGGCCUGAACCCACUGUGCGGACCCAACGACGACAAGUUCGGACCCCGCUUUCCAGCGAUGUCUGGUUGCUAUGACAAAGGUCUGCGCAGCUCAGCGAUGGAGAUCGGGAAGCAGCUGGGCGUGUUUGACCUCAUGCAGGAGGGUGUGUAUGCCAUGGUGGGGGGGCCCAACUUUGAAUCCAUCGCUGAGGCCCGGCUGCUGCACCAACUGGGGGUGGAUGCUGUCGGUAUGAGUACAGCUCCUGAGGUCAUCGUGGCGACUCACUGCGGUCUGAGGGUGUUCGGCCUCUCUCUGAUCACCAACAAGGUUGUGAAGAGUUACGAGGACUCUGAGAGUGUGAACCAUGAGGGCGUGCUGGAGGUGGGCCGGCUGCGCUCUCAGACUGUUCAGCAGCUGGUGACUGAGCUGGUCAGCAGAAUGGAGAUCAACAACAACAACAAUGCUGUUUGAACACACACACACACACACACACACACACACACACACACACACACACACACACACACACACACACACACACAC